UGAUUCACAUAAAUUAUUGGAAAGUUCAUAGCAUGCACCUCUCCCAGUUACGGAUAUCCAGUAGUUAUUUUACAUUUCGGAGGGCGACAGUAAUUGCCGGCCUUGGAAUAGGCGUUGGUGCUGCAGUAAUCGGUUAUUUUUAUGUAAAAGGGUUUUGGAGAAGUCUUCGUAGGAGUGAUUCUGAAGAAUAUAACGAUGCCACUGAAAACCUUCCAAAUGGUCUUGUUGUUCCUCAAAUACGAAUUGGUAGAACUAGAGGUGCACCAUCAGUUGGAUCGUUACAACGAAAUUCAUCCAGGUCAGGAAAUAUACCACCUGCUGAAUCGGAUCUAAUAUGCAGCUUACAGUCGGUGCAGGAGAUAUUACAGCGGGUGGAACGAGCAGCUACUGCAUUAGAUUUGAUAAAAAAUCGUUCAGAAAAAGAUUGUAAACGAGCGGACUUACUUUCUUCUGUAGUAGACAGGUUACGAAUUUUGGAAACAGACAUUAUAAGACUAGUACAAGAAGGCGGUUAUGAAAAAGAAAUUCUACCCAGCGAUGAAACAUUUUGGUCAACGGGAGGAUCGCAACGUGCAGGCACUUUAUCAGUUCUUUCUGAUGAUUCCUUUUGGUCAACCUAUGAAGAACUUCCUCUAAGUAUAGAUGAUGCUGAUGUUUUGAUGCGUGAACCACUGAACUUGGAUAGAGACGUAUUGCAUUUCUAUCAGGAGGGUGUAGCAGCUGUGAAGACUGGCGAAGUGAACUAUAGAAAAUUAAGAACAGAAUUUUGUUGCUGUGAGGACGAUGAUGAUUUCAAAGCCAAAGUCUGGUGCAUACGACAAGCUUUCACUGAAAUUUUAUCAGAUGAGCAUAAUCGUGUAUGGUUGUCUCAAGCGGGGCGUCAAUUGAUUGCAGACUUAUUGCGACACGCCAGCAAAGACCCUAGUCCGUUUUACUUAGCUUAUGACGCUAUGAUGGAAUAUUUGAAUGAAACUCAGCAUAUGGAUAUUGUUGAUAGAGAAUUAAAACAAAGAGGAGUACCAGAAUUGGGAUUCUGGGACGUCGUUCUAGACUAUAUUUUGAUUGACGCAUUCGAAGAUCUUUCGCGACCGCCAUCUGCUGUUCUAGCUGUAACAAGAAAUGUGUUUUUAAGUCAGGCAAUGAAGGAAUCAACAUUAAUAACCGUAAUUUGGUCUAUGCUGAAAGCUAAACGAGCAAGACUUACGGUUGCUCGUGGAUUUAUAUCACAUUUCUACGAUAUAUCGGAAGCAGCUUCCCCAUCCAUUACCUUAGGCUUCUUGGGAACCGAUGAGCACUUACGCGAGUUAUACUACUAUUUCAAAGAACAAAUCUGCUCGUUUAUUGUCGAUAUAUUUAACGUGAAGAAAGUGAGGUACACAUCGCUUAAAGAUCUAGCUGAGGAUAUACGAUUGAUUCUCGAAACACGUCUUGAAAUGAUUCAGACUAGAUUGAGCACUGAAUUACUUCCUCCAUCAUGACGUUUCUUGUUUAUUUUCUUUGUGACUUGUUUUUGCAACUCCAUGCUCUGAUGUUAUUCCAGAUGUACUAAUGCGACUGCUUAGAAAUACUAACGUAAAUAAUAAUAAACCAGACGAUAUGUCCUGUGUAAAUACGGCAAUGAAAUAUUUCGCCGGUUGAAAAUUGUGAAACCAUAACAAUGAUACUUAUAGGUGUUGUUCUUACAAGUGUUGUUCUUGAAUUUGAGUCAUUAGAAGUAUUCCUUGGAUGGACAGAUUUACACUGAACUUAGCGAUUAACUGCCAUUUGAGCACAUAACUU